CAACCAAGAUCUUUACCGCAGUUUUUAAAACAGCGAAUCAACAUCGUGUAAUUUAAAACAACCGCCGUUCUGACCACGUGCGGCGUAAACCUGCCAUCGGUGGCGCUUGAAAUCCUCAAGAGGCAACUGAGUCAUGUCGGUUUGUCAUUCAUUGUGUUUUUUCAAAUUGUUGGUGUGAUUUGCGUUUAUUUGAGUGUUUUUUUGUAAAAUCUCGAUCUUCAAGACAACAGCAGCUUGCUGUAGUGUGUAAAAGUGGACGGUUAUUCAGUAACGAUCUCUUUGGGAAGACGUAACGGGCAUUUUUUUAAAUAUGUGGACCACGGACCUGCUUGCGUUCAGCACCUUUAACUUUGACUGCUGCAAAACAUUCUUCGAGAAGCAAGGAUGGACGUCAAAGCAGAUGUCAAAAGGCUAUAAAUUCUUUGCUGAAGGUUAUGUUCACAACCUGAAAGUUUCUGGCUUGCAUUUGUGUGCACAGUGUUAUCGAAGUCAAAAAAAAAAUGAAAAACCCCAUACAAUGAAUAUGGUUUUUGAAAAGACUGAGGAAGAUUUAAUUUUAACUGAUUCACACUGUACAUGUGAGGCCGGAAAGAGCAGGUCAUGCAAUCAUUUAGUUUGACUUGGAUAUCAUCUCCAAGAUUUGAUUUGUAGAGGGAUCACUCAAAUGGAAAAUGUUACAUGCACCUCACAACCCAUGAUAUGGAACAAACCUAGAGGGAAAAAAAUUUUGCCGGAAAAAGUCAUUGACAUACCAUUUUACAAUCCGUUGAACUGUAGGAGGAAGAAGUCACCGAUUCACUGUAAGCGAUUCAAUCCACUUAGACAUGAUGAUGCAUUUCUAAACAAGAGGGAAAUACUGAAUCUUACUGAGGCUGUCAAGUCAUCCGUCUUGAAGAUUGGGUUUAGUUAUUUAAUAGGCAACCCUUCCACAGAAACUGUUACAUUAUUUGAUAAUGUAUCAGUCCCUUCUAAUUCAGUAUUGGGAAACCAGUACAACCCAGAAAGGCAAAGGAACAAUCUAGACAUUUGGAGGAUACAAGAUGAGAUGCCUAUAAAGCUACCACUUGAUAAUGCUGAAGCAAAAAAUGUUUUAUUGAGUGAACCACCCAUAGAUGUCAUUGAAGAAAUUUCUUUUGACAAAUCUUAUGAAAUAGAACGAUUAACAAGACAACAAGCUUCUUCAGCACCAUGGUAUAAUGAGCGAAAAUUUCGUUUAACAAGUUCAAAAUUUGGGGAAAUUUGCAAAAGAAGAAGCUUCAAUGCAGAAUAUGUAAAGAGCAUUUUUGGGAAUAAUGAUUUGUCGAAUGUAAAGGCAAUCAGGCAUGGGGUGGAAAAUGAAGAUGUGGCAAAAAAAAUGUAUUUGGAGGAAACACGAAGGACAAUGUAUAAGUGUGGCUUUGUAGUGCAUCCAUUUGCUAGUCAUCUAGGUGCAAGUCCUGACGGCGUUGUAUUUGAUGAAGUUCAUGGAUAUGGACUUUGUGAAAUUAAGUGCCCUUACAGCAAAAAGUGGGAGACGAUUAAGGAGGCGGCAAAAAUGAAAAAUUUCUGCUUAGCGUUAGAAAAUGGCCAGACAUACCUAAAAAGGACCCAUAAUUAUUACUAUCAGAUACAAGGGCAAAUGUUAAUUACAGGACUCACUUGGUGUGAUUUUGUUAUUUUUUUAAAAAAUACAAGAGAAUUAAUUAUAUAUUGAAAGAAUUUAUUUUGAUUCUCAG